UUUAUAAGAGAUAUAAAAGUAUAAAUUUUAUAAAUAUGUUUGCAAAAAACAAUGUUGAUCCAGAAUUGGAAAAGUUAAGAAGAGAAGUUAAUGGACCUCCAAAUUUAGAUACAAUAAUUAUAAAUAUUCAAAGAGUUACAAGACAAAUUCAUGCUUCUUAUUUAUUUGAACAGAUUGGAAAACCUACAUUACAAAAAUUAUGUUUAUUAUUAAGUUCUACUGCUACAGGCAAGACUUAUAAUGGUUGGCAAGAUUUUGCUGCACAUAUGGGUUUAUCAAUGGAACAAAUUCGUUGUAUAGAUUAUGAUUUUAAAGGUUUGCAAGAUCCAACUUAUUAUGUAUUAUUAACUUAUGUGCAACAUGUUGAAGCAUUGAUAAGAUUUUAAACUAUUGAUAAGAUUUUAAAUGCUUUGCAAAAAAUACAACAUUUUGAUAUAAUUAGUCAAAUAAAAAAUGAUAUUUAUGAUUUAAUUCAUAAAAUUUUACAAAAUGUUAAAAAUGAUGAAUCAACUAUAUUAAGACCAAACAGUAUGCCGAAAGUUCCAUUAGUAUUAACUCCAAUUUAUUUUAUACAAGAUAUAAAAAAAUAUGAAGUAGUCUCUAAUCAUGUACACAAUUUACAAAAGACAAAAAAAUUAUAUGGCAGUAUAGUUAUGUUAACAUUUGCUGAUGAUGGUUUAGAAACUGCACAACAUAUAACAAAAAUAUUUAGAUCUAAAAAAUCCAAAAUUGGAGUUCUUAUACUUCAAGAACAAGAAAAUUAUGUAUAUAGUAGAGCAGAAGAAUUUAUAGACGAUUGUUUUAAACAGGUGAAUUUUAUUAUUCCUAUAUUAAUACAAGGAUAUUUGGAAAGAAUAAAUAAUUCUAAAAAAAUUUACAUUGAAGAUCAAAAUAAGUUAGAUGCAAAAUAUGUAAAAUAUAUAUAUUCUUUACUAAGACUUUAUGAAUAUAUGAAAAAUCAAUGUAUCAAUUACCGUAUAAGAUGUAUAGUUUCCGUUAAAGAAGUAUAUACAGUUGCAAAAGCAAAUUUGCAUCCAACUUUGCAAGCAUGGUUUAGAGAAAAUGAUAUUAAUGCAUUUAUUAAGAACAUUCUUUUACAAAAUUGUUCAAAAUAAACUUAUCUAUGAUAUUUUAAUUUUGUAUAUAAUAAACAAUAAAUUUUAAA